AUAUGUCAUAUGAUUUUGAUGUGUUAACAUUUCAGCUGGGGCAUAUUUUUUUGUUGCACGUGUUUUGAGGAUAGGUUAAAUUUACAUACACAAUGUUCCACUGUUGAAUUGCUGUUAUUUGAAUCCUGGCAGGAAUACUUAAAGCCAUGAAGUAUGUGUUGGUUUCUGGUGGUGUUAUCAGUGGAAUAGGGAAGGGAGUUAUUGCUAGCAGCUUGGGAAUGAUCCUGAAGUCAUGUGGUGUCAGAGUGACCUCUAUUAAGAUUGACCCCUAUAUAAACAUUGAUGCUGGCACAUUUUCACCUUACGAACAUGGUGAAGUUUUUGUUUUGGAUGAUGGUGGAGAAGUUGACCUUGACCUUGGAAAUUAUGAACGCUUCCUGGACAUCACACUUCAUCGUGACAACAACAUCACAACUGGAAAGAUCUACCAACAUGUGAUCAACAAAGAAAGAAGGGGAGAUUACCUUGGCAAAACAGUUCAAGUUGUACCACAUAUAACAGAUGCUAUAAUGGACUGGGUUGAGAGAGUAGCCAAAAUACCUGUGGAUGGUGAUAAUCAAACUCCUGAAGUUUGUAUUGUUGAGCUUGGUGGAACCAUUGGAGAUAUAGAGGGCAUGCCUUUCAUUGAAGCUUUCAGACAGUUUUUCCACUUCAGAAUCAAACGAGAAGACUAUUGCUUAGUACAUGUCAGUUUAGUACCUCAGCCACAAGCCACAGGUGAACAAAAAACUAAACCAACACAGGCUAGUGUGCGAGAACUGCGUGGUUUAGGAUUAAGUCCAGAUCUGAUUGUAUGUAGAAGUACUCUACCAAUAGCUGAUCCAGUUAAAGCUAAAAUCUCCUUAUUUUGCCAUGUUCAACCACAACAAGUAUUUUCAAUCCAUGAUGUGUCCUCCUUGUUUAGAGUUCCUCUACUACUACAUGCUCAGGGAGUGUCCAAGUUUCUGAUGGAGAAAUUAGAGAUCAAUACAUCAAGUUCUCCUUUUGGUAGUAGAAUGAUGAUGAGGUGGAAAGAUUUAUCUGAUAGACAUGACAGAUUAUUGAAGGAAGUGACAAUAGCAUUGGUAGGAAAGUACACACAGCUAGAAGAUGCUUACUCGUCUGUUAUAAAGUCCCUACAACAUUCCUCAUUGUGUGUUAGUCAUAGACUUAACCUUAGGUGUAUAGAAGCUGAUCAUUUAGAAGCAGCAAUGAUGAAAGACAAUCCAUCCAAAUACCAUGAUGCAUGGCAUCAACUAGUCAGUGCCAAUGGAGUUUUGGUACCUGGUGGAUUUGGUAAGAGGGGAGUAGAAGGCAAAUGUUUAGCAGCAAACUGGGCUAGAACAAAUAACAAACCAUUUUUAGGUGUAUGUUUAGGCUUACAGUGUGCUGUGAUAGAAUAUUCCAGAAAUGUUUUAGGUUUAGAGGAUGCCCAUUCUACAGAAUUUAAUCCAAAAACUAAAAAUCCAGUCGUGAUAGACAUGCCAGAACAUAAUACUGGUCAGAUGGGCGGCACCAUGAGAUUAGGAAAAAGAAAAACAUUAUUUAAUACUGAAAGUUCUAUAUUGAGAAAACUGUAUGGUAAACAAAGUUUUGUAGAAGAAAGACAUAGACACAGAUAUGAGGUUAAUCCUACAAUUGUGUCACAGUUAGAAGGAGAAGGGAUGAAGUUUGUUGGUAGAAGUGAAGAUGGAGAAAGAAUGGAAAUAAUGGAACUACAAGGUCACCCAUAUUACGUAGGAGUGCAAUAUCACCCAGAAUACCUUUCACGACCAAUGAAACCAUCAGCACCAUACCUUGGUCUGCUUUUAGCAUCAACAGGAAAAUUAUCUACCUACGUGACCCGAGGAUUCCGUCUGUCUCCACAUCUGUCCUAUAGUGAAGGAAACGAUGAAGAACUAGAUGAAGAAAUAGCACAAUUAAGUAUAGAGAAAUCAGACAGUGUAGAAAGUACUUCAUAGGUCUCUUGUUUUACAUCUAAUGUUGUGUCUGUCCAUACGUUUACCGUUUUGUUGUUAUUCUGCUAUUGAUGAAUUGGAGUUGCACAAUUUAUUGUACAAAGCUGUUACUUAGUACUGUUUGUUUGUCUGUGAGGAAUUCUGGGAUAAAUAAAUGUCUGCUAUGGAUGUAGAUAAAAUGAAUGAUAUAAGAUAUAUAUACACUUAGCUUACGGAUAUGUUGUAUUUUUAGUAGGAGAUUAAUUUUGUAUUUUUCCAAAAACUUGAUUUAUAUUAGAUUCUUGUUGUGUUUAGCACUCACUGUUUUCAAAAGAGUUCAGUGACGAUUGUAAUUAUGAAAAACUACAGAAAAUGUUUUCUGUCUUUAUUAUAAGAUAUUGAAGUUUGAAAAGUUUAUAAAGUGAUGUAAUUUUUUAAAUUGAAAAAUGUCUAUGACAUAAAUGUAGUUUAAUGUAAACAAAUUUGACUUUGGAUUUACGCAUCAGUUUAUGAUAGAGAAUCAAUUGUAUAGUUCAAUGGUUGCCUUAACUCUAAUCUGGCUUGCAAUAUUCAAGAAAUAUGUGUCUAGUUUUACAAUGAUAAAUAAAUUGACAAUUUAUUAAAUCACACUUGACAAUCAGUAGACGGCAUUUGGUUAAUAUUUAGUAUAAUGUUACCUUUUAUAUCAAUUCUUUUUACCAUGGACAAGUUUAAUAUCUAAAUACUCGUUAAUCAUGAUAGUAGAAAAAAAAUAUUUGAUUUUUUUCCUGUUUGAUUUUAAUGACAAUAUGCAAUUGUACAUGUAUAAUUGUUCAAGAUACAUGUGUUCAAAAUGAUCCAUUUUGUUUUUUUAUUUUGUAAAGUACAAAAAGUGCUAUAAAGGUGGCUGUGUAAACAAUUUUUUUUGUGAUGGAAAAUAAUAUUCUAAGAAUAUUAAAAGAAAAUGUCACAUAUUAAAGGUGUAAUAUUGUAUGAUAUAGUUAAUAGGUGCCAUAACGAGAUUUUUGUAAGUUUUUAUAAACACACUGAGGUUUUUUUGUCACAGGGUAUUGUGAUUUAUAUUCAUCUUUAUACAUGUUUAUCAUUCAUUAUAUUGCCACAUUUUCCUCUUUGUGACAGAGAUAAUCAGCAUAUCAACAAGCAUUUUUUUCUCAAAUCUAGUACAUUGUUCUGGUGUUCAUGCUACUAGCUUGAGUCAAAUCUAGGAGGCUGCAAAUAGUGCUAUUUUCAGAAUUUGUCAUUCCUUUAUGUUAAUAAAUAGGUGUAGCUAUGAUUCAGGUAUUAAAAUACAUGUAUAAAAGGAAGAACAAAGACUUGUAGAGCACAUGGUUGUAUUAUUACAUAGAAACUUUUUAAACUUCUAAUUAAUUGUUUACAUAAACCAAAAAGUGUUAGUGAAUUGUUAACUAAGAUUUGUACGAUUUGCUUUGAUCUUAAAUUUGAAUUAUUCUAACUGGGAAAUUAUUGACUUCUAUAAAGCAUUUGAAAAUUAUUUUUUUUCAUAUAUGAAUUAUAUUUCUCUAUUUUUAUUUGUUUAGCUUUGCACAUCACAACCCAUAGAUAAAGAAUCAGAAAAGUUUAAACUGAAUUUCUUGGUUGUAUUUUAAUAUUAAUUAUCAAUCCAUAGUCUCAUACAUUCUUCAUCAUCAGGGGGGGGGUAGGACAACCCCACCCUUGAAAUCAAAUAAGCACUGUUAUAGGCAACAUUCUGUUCAAAUUGUGACUGUUAAAGUCGUGUUCAUGAGUCCAAAUACCCUCUCCUUUGAAAUUCCUGGCUACGGGCCUGUUCAUGCAUAUUGUUUAUAGAAUCAUUAUUAAAACAAAUAAUUUGUCAAACUUAUUUACUCAAUGGAAUGUGAAAAAUGAUAAUAACUCUGUAUUUUUUCUUAAUCACUGGUAUUUUAGGAGGUGUACAAUCUCAUUUUAGAUACAUUUCAUGAUGUAUCUCUAAGAUAUUUGGGCAUUGUUGUAGAUUUUAAUUAUGUUCAGAGAAGAUGUUUAUAUGUUUUGAAAAUAGUUAGCAACAAAUAACAUGAAAAUUUGAGUCCACUCAAAUAUUGAUAUGUUAUACUGUCCACUUGUAUGUUUAUACAUGAUGAGUGACGAUGUGUACAUAAAGCUAUUGAUCAUGAUGAUUUAUGUCUUAAAUAGGCAAAACUUUAAAAAUCAAUGUUUGUUCAAUAGGUAUAACCUUUACAGAGCAAAAGUUUAUAUUGAUUGAAACAAUAGUUUUUUACAACAAAUGUUUUGUUUUCUUAUUCCAAUUACUACUUUUUACAAGAAGUGUCAUUAAAAGGUGACUGAAAUCACUUCUUAUAAUCCUAUUCCUUUGUUUAACAGAGCAUGUAUGAGUUUAUAAACGUGUACAUAUUUUCUGCCAUCUUUUCUUGAGAUUUUGUGAAUGUUGUAACUGAACCUCACAGAUGGUUAAAUCCACUUACAAACAUGUUGUAUUAUGAUUGUCUCUAAAAGUUGUAGAUAAAAAUAAAUAAAUAUAACAAAGUAAA